AUGUCCACAGUCAUCCACUCCCUGGUGCCAACAACCGUCCAUCCACCAGUGUCCAAAGCCGUCCACUCCCCGAUGUCCAAAGCCGUCCAGCCCACGGUGUCCACAACUGUCUAUCCCCCGGUGCCCACAGCCGUCCAGCACCGGUGUCCACAGCCGUCUAUCCCCCGGUGUCCACAACCGUCUAUACCCCGGUGUCCACAGCCGUCCAGCCCACGGUGUCCACAGUCGUCCAGCACCGGUGUCCACAAGCGUCUAUCUCCCGGUGUUCACAGCCGUCCAGCACCCGGUGUCCAUGGCCGUCCAGCCCACGGUGUCCACAGCCGCCCAGUCCCCGGUGUCCACAGCCGUCUAUCCCCCGGUGUCCAUAGCCGUCCAGCCCAAGGUGUCCACAGCCGUCCAGCCCUAGGUGUCCACAAGUCGUCCAGUCCCCGGUGUCCACAAACCUCUAUCUCCCGGUGUCCACAGCCGUCCAGCACCAGGUGUCUAUGGCCGUCCAGCCCCACGGUGUCCACAGCCGUCCAGUCGCUGGUGUCCACAGCCGUUUAUCCCCCGGUGUCCACAGCCGUCUAUCCCCCGGUGUCCACAACCGUCCAGUCCACGGUGUCCACAGCCGUUCAGCCCCCGGUGUCCACAGCCGUCCAGUCUCUGGUGUCCACAACCGUCUAUCUACCGGUGUCCACAGCCGUCCAGUCCAUGGUGUCCACAGUCGUCCAGUCUCUGGUGUCCACAGCCGUCCAGCCCCGAUGUCCACAGUCGUCCAGCCCCCGGUGGCCACAGCCGUCAAUCUACCGGUGUCCACAGUCGUCCAGUCUCUGGUGUCCACAGCCGUCUAUCUACCGGUGUCCACAGCCGUCCAGCACCCGGUGUCCAUAG